UGGCAGCAGUAUUGGAACUCACAUUACCAUUUUCCUUAUUCCAUUCUCCAAGUUCAGCAUUUAGUGCGAAAUCGCUCCCAAUAUUUACACGAAAAAUAGAAAAAAAAUCUAUUCCGAAAUAACUUUAGAACUGAUACCAUUUCAUCGCAAAAAAACACAAAACUUAGAAACUUCACGAGUUAAAACUCAUGUUUAUUGAGCAAUUCAUUAUGGGAAUUGGGAAAGCAACCAUAGUCCGUAAGCUUUUAGAUUUUCAUAUUCAUGGUCAACAAUUAUUAUUGAGCAUUCUUAAGCUUCUCCAUUUAUGGGAUUAGCAUAUAUGCGGUACAAAAGAUUGAUUACUAUGUCUCUAAUAACUUCCAGCAGUACAUGUAUGUAGCAUAAGUUUCAGGCGAUCGAGGCCAAAGUGGGUUCAGCUGAUGAUGAGUUCACCCCACUGUCUGAGUUAACUGUUGGAAUGAACAAAUGUACAGUCCGAGUGCGCAUCUCGCGGCUGUGGGAGUCCUUCAAUCCAAAAAAUGAUAUAUCGUUCGGCCUUGACAGCCUUCUGAUUGAUGAUCAGGGUGAAACUAUGCAGUUGAAAAUACGAGGGAAAGCUACAUGAUCUGUAGCAAUGAGUUGACUAUGUACUUUGGAGGGCAGACGGUUGUCAAUGAGAUAGAAGAUACUGAUUUGAUACCCCUCCACAGCUUUGAGUUCAUUAAUUUUAAGGAUCUCCGUUCUAGGUGUGACGACACUAGCUUAUUGGCAGAUGUUUUGGGCCACAUAGUAUAUGUUGGGGAGCUAGAGGAGGUCUGGAAAAAAUCCCGUCGUAUAGAAAUUUGCAAUGCAAGAAUUCGGAAUUUGAGAGGAAGAGAAUUGAGUAUCACAUUGUAUGGGGAUAUUGCUUCUGGUUUUGCUGAGGAUAUGCUCGAGGAAGGCCGAGAAGCCUCAGUUGUUGCUGUCUUUGCAGGGAUGCGUGUUGAGUCCUCACAUUCAGUUUGCUCUACAACAUGUUCAAAGUACUAUCUAGAUUUGGAAAUACCAGAGGUGGAAGAAUUCCGUGCGAAUUUUCGCAUUCAGCAAGAAAACCCCGUACCGAAAAAAAGUCCAGCUCAGAAGUUAGCCGAGAGUUGGCGAACAGUUGAACAGCUAAAAAGCCUCGAUCCAGAGGAGUACGAUGAGGAUACCACGUUUUUGUGCAGAGUCUCCCUGAUAGAUAUAGAUUGCAGCAGUGGCUGGUGUUAUCUUGGAUGCGACAUCUGCCAAAAGUCAAUGUACGGGGCCCCAAGGAAAUACAAGUGCGGCCGAUGUGGCCCAAUUAAGAGACCAAUUCAAUGGUACAAGCUGAAGACGAAGGUGCAAGAUGCCACCGGAACAAUGAACUUGAUGAUCUUCUGUGAGGUGGCUGAGGAGCUGGUCGGUGUCUCUGCGGAGGAGCUUGUUGAUGAGAUCGAGGAUGAUGAUGAGUGGUACACCCUGCCAGAUAAAAUUGAGGAUCUUCUUGGGUCGACCCACACUUUCCAAGUAUUCGACAAGCACUGCAAUGGGAGCUUUUCGGUGCAGUCAAUCGUGGAUCAUGUUAGCGUCCCAGCCCCUGCUGCAACCGCUACUCAAUGCAAGGAGGAGCCUGUCCCUGAGGGAAGUGUUGACGCGGCAGCGGCAAUCCUUACUCCCGCUACUACUCAGUGUAAGGAGGAGCCUGUCUCUGAGGGCAGCGAUAGCACUGCGAUCCCUACUCCAACCACUACUCAAUGCAAGGAGGAGCCUGUCUCCGACAGCAGCGACAAUGCUGCAGUUCCUACUGCAAACACUACCCAAUGCAAGGAGGAGCCUGCCCCUGAUGGCAGCGAUAACACUGCUCUCCCUACUCCAACCGCUACCAAAUGCAAGGAGGAGCCUGUGUCUGACGGCAGUGAUAAUGCUGCAUUCCCUACUCCAACUACUACCCAGUGCAAGGAGGAGCCUGUUCCUGAGGGCAGCGUUGACGCGGCAGAAGCAAGGUCCAAGUCCACUCGACUGCAGAAGCCUAACAAGCGUCUGCGAGUGGACGACUGGAUCAACUAACUCAUCGGGCCAUUCUGUGACUCGUUUUAGUGUAUCUAGGCUACUGCACCCUCUAGGGAUUAGGAUUAGGCAAAUGGGCCCUUCUGUUCUCUUUCUUCUACUGUUACCUCGGAACAACUCCUUUGUACUGCUGUGACUUUAGUACCAGUGGUGGGUAAUACAACUUAGC